CGUAAACCAGCAGGCGGCUCCGGUCUCGCUCUCGCGGCCCCGGUUGUCAAGGCGCUGGUAGUCUGUGACUUCUCCUCGCUGCGGCCGGACGGUGACAGCUCUAAUCGCCUCACUCAUUUGUCGGAUUUUUUUCUUAAUUUUUUUGCGCCCGGUGGGAGUUUUAUAUUCUAGAAGCGGCGCGGGACUUUGUGGCUGACUCUCAACAACCGUGCUGAACCCUGCCUCCUCAGACACAGUGACUUCAAAAGGAUAGACUGGCUGAUAGACACUGAGAGAAGAGGCAAGCAGAUAAACAGAUAGGGGGAAAGGAGAAAUACAGCCUCUUGUCAAGUGGUGGCGAAGGUGACAGAAGAGCACAUGAGGAGAGGCGACAGUGUGAUAGCAACAUCCUGACCGGUAACGUUGCAUCUGCACUCCAUCACACGCCCAGCAACUCCAGAAGUGGGCGUCAGAAGGAAGGAAAAGUGCGACCACUCCUGCUGCAGGCAUGAGGUCCUUCCGUUCCUUUAGCAAUGAUGAUCGCCAUGUCAUGGCGAAACACUCCACAAUCUACCCCUCCUCUCAUGAUUUGGAGGCUGUUCAGACGCUCGUGUCCACCGUCGAAUGCGCCCUCAAACACGUCUCUGAUUGGUUGGAUCAGAGCAACAGUGACAUCCAGAGUCAGGUCGACAGCCAACCAGCAGACAGCACAGAGGAGGAUGACCCUGGUGAUGAGCCUAGUGAUGAAGCUGAGGAUUCCAGUGACAGCUACAGGGAGUCCAGCAGUGGUGGUGUGCUGUGUGGCGUGAUGAGGAUCGGUCUGGUGGCUAAAGGCCUCCUGAUCAAAGGCGACAUGGACCUGGAGCUGGUGCUGAUGUGUAGAGACAAACCCACACAGACACUGCUGGACACUGUCUGUCACAAUUUACCCACACAAAUAGAGAAGCUGACAGAAGAGAAAUAUGAGGUCACAAGCUGUUUGCCAGAGGCAGCCAUCUUGGUACGAACUACAGCAGAGCCUAAACUCACGCUGAAGAUUACCCUCACCUCACCGGCCAUGAGGGAAGAUGAGGAAGAUGAGGAGGAAGAAGAGGAAGUGGAGGAUGGGGAGGAAGGAGAGGAAGAGGAGGAGGAGGAGGUGGAGGGUGAAGAGGAUGAGCAGGAGAGGAAGAAUGGGCGAGUGUUUGGUGCUGCUGCGCAGAGAGUGGAGGCUGAGGAGGAGGAGGGGGAGGUGCUGGAUAGACACAGAUGUCUGUUGGCCCUGGCAGCGCUGCGACACGCCAAGUGGUUCCAGGCUCGAGUGAACGGGCUCAAGUCCUGUGUUAUAGUUCUCAGGAUACUUAGAGACAUGUGCAAUAGACAUCCCACUUGGGAACCUCUCAAGGGAUGGCCCUUAGAGCUUAUCUGUGAGAAGGCAAUCGCCACCUGCAACAGACCUCUUGGGGCAGGAGAAGCCCUCCGUCGAGUCAUGGAGUGUCUGGCCUCAGGCAUCCUGUUACCAGGUGGUCCAGGGUUACACGACCCUUGUGAGAAAGAGCCGACAAACACGUUAGCCAACAUGACCGACCAGCAGGCUGAGGCCAUCACCUACAGUGCACAGCAUGCUCUCAGGCUCAUGGCAUUUGGACAGAUCUACAAGGUGCUGGAGAUGGAGCCUCUUCCCUCCAAUAAACCAUCGCAGAAAUACCCUUGGUCUGAUAAAGAAGGAUUAGGUCUGAAGAGGCCUUAUGAGGAUGGAACAAUGGAUGACAAGGACCUCAUCAAGAAGAUGAAGAGAAAUCUACGGAAAGUCCUGGACAGUAAAGCCAUAGACUCCAACCAGCCUAUGAACGCCCUGAUGCGGUUGAACCAGAUCCGGCCGGGGCUGCAGUAUCGCCUGCUGUCCCAGUCGGGCCCGGUUCACGCUCCGGUCUUCACCAUGUCUGUGGAUCUGGAUGGUACCAUUUAUGAGGCAUCUGGAUCAUCCAAGAAGACCGCCAAGCUCCAUGUCGCUGUCAAGGUUCUCCAAGCAAUGGGAUACCCAACAGGUUUUGACUCAGACCUGGACCCCUUGAGUUCAGAUGAGAAGUCGGACGGUGAGGGGAAGAGUGAGAUGUCCACCCACACAAGCAAUAACCCAACACACUCCUCAGACAGUUCCAACACACUGGAGGUGCGAACUCAGGGUCCCAUACUGACGGCGAGUGGGAAGAACCCGGUCAUGGAGCUGAACGAGAAGAGACGAGGUCUUAAAUAUGAGCUCAUCUCGGAAAGUGGAGGCAGUCACGACAAGCGCUUUGUUAUGGAGGUGGAGGUCGAUGGACAGAAGUUUCGUGGGGCAGGCCCCAACAAAAAGGUAGCAAAGGCCAGCGCUGCUCUCGCAGCUCUGGAAAAACUCUUCUCUGGUCCCAAUGCAGCUGCAAACAAGAAAAAGAAAAUAUUGCCUCAGACUAAAGGAGCCCUGGCCGCAGCAGCAGCAGCCUCAGCGGUGGCAGCUCAGGUAGCCAGAGGAAGAGGAAGAGCUGCUCUUGCCAGAGGAGCCUUUGUGAGUGCUGCAGCACCUGGAUAUGUCACACCAGGCUUUGGGACACCGUAUGGAUACAGCCCUGCUGCUGCUGCUCCUGCCUAUGGUGGUCUUUUCAUUGACAAUCCCUUCUACCAGCCGCGGACCAUCGCUCCUUUUAUCAUUCAUCUGGGUCCCCAGGAUCUGUUCUCUGACUUCUAGGGGCAGCAUGUUGUUGACUUUGCUCCUCACUCUUACAGUAACUGUCUGUACGAACACCUGGCUGCUCACAUGCCCACCUGUUUUUCUGUCCGUCUCAGCGGGCUGCCUUUCUCUCCAGCUGAACUCAUAGAUUCAGAACAGUUUUCUUUUGACUAAUCUGCUGGAGCAAAAAAAAAAGGAAAAAAGCUUGCUGCCCAACAACAGCGGCAGUCUGACCUACUGACCGAGAAGCACUAAGCUCUUCUCUCUGUUUUCUCUACUCUCUGCCCAGAUUAUCACUUCAGAGGAGAGCAACUUUACAAAAAGCAAUACUUGGAUUUAUCGAGAAAUGUUCAGCUGCAUCUCUGCGGGACUGGGCUGAACUUUGGUCUUUCUUAUAGCAAUACAUCUGAACUCCUCUCUUCAAGCUUACGUACUUGAGAAGAUGUGAAUGUCCAAUGGAGUUUUACCCAACACAGCAUUGCAAUAGCUCAUUUUGAUUGUAUAUUCAUUGUAUGUGUGUGUACGUGUGGCUAUAUACAGUACAGACUAUAUACACAUAUAUGUAUGGUGUAUGUUUCUAUAAUGAUGUGUUGACAAUAAUAUUACUAUAUGAUGUAUUUAUGUAAAUAUGCUAUAAAAUCUUAUUAUUGUUGGUAUAAAUUAUUUUAGAAUUAUAAAGUGAAAUGUAACUGUAAUAUCACAGUAUAGCUUUCUUCCAAUUUUAUAUACACUGAGCAAUUGAAGCUAGUCCUAGGAGAUGCAAUAUUUUCUUUGUUUUCCUAUUAACCUGUGCUGUUAGAAUAAUAAUGCUUCCUUUUCUUCCUCUCUUUCCAUCCAACUUUUCCUCUGUCUUUGAUGUCUAUCUGAGCCUUUCUGAGCACGCUCUCUGCUGCCAGAGGUUUGUUUACAAAGCCUGGACCAGAGGUGCUCAAUACUGAACACACGCAUAACCUAAUCACACACACUUUUCCUGUCAGAAAGCACAUUUUCUAUAGUCUCACUGCUGGCAGGGAAUACUGUUGUUACAAACACUUUAUGUGUAUUAUACUGUAUGUGUAUACUCUGAUGUGCGCACUCCUCCCUCUGCCAUUAACACAUUAACAAACGCACCCAUCUCCGCUACCAUCAGGUCCAUAAGCACAGCCCACUGACACCCAUCGCUGUUCCUUCUGUCUGUAAACCCACACAUUCACACACCUUUCCCUCCUGUUGCAGGCCUCUACUUUGGCCUUGUUACAUAAGAUACAGCACAAACAAACAGCAAGGUAAUUUAGCCCAUAUAUCUUACUGAGAUGCUUUACUUUCAUACUUGAAUGUAAUCUGUUUGUAGUCCAGGGAAAUGUCUCCAACGUGACUCCACUCUGUUGAAAUAGCAGUUUAGUGGGUUGUAUUGUUUUAGAAACAUAUGGUGGUCUGUUGUCUUUGGCGUGGCAUCAUCUGCAGGUUUGAGGGGUUUUAUUGCAGAGAAUGAUAUUAAUAUAACAUCAUUGCUAAGAUUAAAAGAUCUGUAAAGAGGGAAUCCUGAAUGGAGCUGCAUUGAUUUUGCUGUGCCCAUGUUUAGGAAAAGGAAUCAGUGAUUAAUUCCCUUAUUGAUUCCCUAUCUAUUUGCCAUGUGGAAACCUUUGUUUUCAGUGGAGAAAAAAAGUUUCCAGCUGCUGGUUUCCAUGUCAUUGUUUUGCAAUGCAAAACCAUACAAAAAUCAUGGCAGCAUCGAUAAAUGGAAUUGCUAACAAGGAAAUCAUUUUCAAUGUGUUUGAUUUCUAGCUGUACCCAUACUUGGGCGUAAAUAUCUCAGCUUUUGUUUUGCUUUGAAUCUGUCUAAAGUGCAAUACAGAAUGGCUGGAAUGCCCUUUUACUGUUCGACACCGAGGCACUGCUGACAGAGUGUGAGUAAACCAGUGGUUGAACUGCUCAGGAGAAGCUAACUGAGGGAGAAUGGAGUUUAGUUUCUUAGCAUUUGUAGUCUAAAAAAUGUUUGACUUCUGAGUAGUUGAGUUUGUAGUCGUAGUAUAAUAAGUAGUGUAUCGAUAGUAUUUAGACUGGUAGCUUAUGUAUUCUAUUAAUCUCUAAAGUGCUAUAGACACAUAAUUGGUUAAUGUUGGAGGUGAACAGAUUGGGGUAUGGUUGACACAGCAGUGUUGACAUUCAUGGAAGAUAUGUGUGUGUGAUUUUACAGUGUGUGUGCUGCUUUGAAACUGCUGUUUUUUGCCUUCAUUGGUCUUUAUUUUAGCCUAGAGAUAAAAUGUCACUCAGCGGAGACAAAAUCGAAGAGAAUGUGCAUCAAAAGGUUUUCUUCUCACACUCACCUUGAUCUAGGCGCCGGUUUGAUCUCUUGUGUUUGUCCUGGCUAUGAUUCAACUAAACAUAUGUCUAAGAAAGCCUGUAAAGUCUCAGGCCUCAGUGCACUGUUUUUGUGUUUUUUUAACACAAUAAGUCAAAUGAAAUGCUACUGAACUGACCGAGAAAAGGAAUCUGCAUUUUUGGAUAAAGUCGUAGUGGUGCAGUGAGGAUAUCCUGCACUGGAUGGAGUGAAGUGCUUUAGUGUGAACAGCUGGUUCCUCUGCUUCAACAAUGCGAUGUCCAGGCUCUGCUCUCAUGUCUGUCUGGGCCUCAAUGGUUUUAACAGGACUCAGGCUCCUUGUAUAUGUGGCAUUCACUGGACUGCCAAUCAAUCAAUCAAAGUUUCCAUUAUACACUUCUAAAACCCCACUGGUAACGUAAGCACCUUGGAAUUUUUCAGCCACAGAUAAUGCUCUUAUCUGGUAAUCUUUGCUUACAUAUGAGAAACAUAACCAGCUGGCAUUCACAGGAGUCAGUUAGCACUGGGAUCAUCUUGCUUUUCUGACAUGCACUAGUGUUAAGUUUAUCCUGUUGCUAAGACAUCUCAAAGAAACUAGAUCCUGGUGUUUAAAAAAUGAUCUGCUGUAUAGUAAUGGAUUCCUGUAGAGCUUGGUGGUGUGGAUCGAGUCUAUUGGGUUCUUUCAAGAUUUUUACAGUAAUUUUCCAUCACAUCACAAAGCACAUCUGUUCCCCUUGUCUCUAAAAGUCAAACAGACAGAUCAGAGAGAGGCUGUAUUUCUUUGCCAUGACUUUUCAUCCUCAUGUGGAAUUCACGCGGAGGUGAAUAACUUCGAGCUUUGCCGUGUGGAAACAGACCUUCUCUAUCAGCUAAAGAAUUUCUCCUAAUUUCCCCUCUGCCCUGCUCCUGCUCUCUUUUUCGGCUCCAUCCUCUCGUUCCAGAUGGCACACAUUAAUAAGGCAGACAGUCAUACCUCAGUGAGCAACCUUUUCAUUUCCCCUCAGACUGAACAGACACACUGGAGGAGUCACCCUGACUACUGACCCUGUCCUCCUGGUCUGUUGGCCUGACGACAUGCGCUCAAAGCCAGGGUGGCACAGAGCAGGAGCGUGGGGGGUGGGGGGCUCAGGGAAACACAUUUAGUUCAAUCCUGGCAUGGUGCUCUGUCAGGACGGCACCAGCAGUUUUAAAUUUGCUUAAAACCCAAAUAGUUGCCAGUUGCCAAGUGGAUUGCAGUUUAAUAGGAUUAUAACAUGACGAGAGAAAUCGAUGUCCUGUAUCUAAAUAUAAAUGCAUGUUUGGGUUCAAUUAGGCAAAGCAUGGAGAAAAAAAAGAGAUAAUAAGUUUUGAUGAGAAGUGUUAUGGUCUUUUAGUGUGGGUUUUAAUUUCAAUUAAGCCUUAAAGAUCUACAACUAUUUUAACUGAGAGCUCCAAAUGAAUUUAUCUGUACUUUUAACCUCUUCUUAGUGAUUUACUUACCUCCAUUUAUUAUAACAUUAUCCUCUGCAUCUGCAUUUCUGCAUUUUCUAUACCGGUACUGUCACCUUCUUAAAAUAAUUGCCUAAGUCAUUUAUUGACAAAAAUGACAGGCAUGAUUUUGCCUAAAUCAUCAAAUACUCCAUUUCUGGCAAAGUUUUUUGUGUUUCCUAAAAUCUGGGGAACAAAAAUUUACUUUUCCGAUUAUUUUAGGAGGGUGCCAAUAUUUAAUUUAGUGACUAUGAAUAUGUUCAUAAAGUGCAGAGUAACUUCAGAGAAAAACUGAAGAAAACAUCUUUUUCAUUAAUUGAACAUAAAAACAAGUAUCUACAGUCAACCUUCAUUCAUCAGCCAUGGUUUUUACUGGUGAAUAAAUGUUGACAGCGUUUCCAUGUUCCGAAUGUACAAAUAAGAUCCAUCUAGUGUCACUGCUAAAAAGCUGAGAAACUGCAUUUUACCCAAAUUAUAUACUUGUAUUGGCACUGACAUAUUGAUUAGUGUUUCAACAGAUUUUAAACAUUUUGUAACAGUAGAUGCUUUUGGUCGCUGGUGUCUGUUUAGGUCUUGGAGGGUUAGGUUUUCAUUAUUUUUAUGAAUGUAUAGUGUUAAUUUUAGUUAUUCAUGAGGAAAGCCAUGAUUUACAGAAGCUUAAAUAUGUCAGUGAAGUCAAAUAUGAUUCACAAAUCACGUCUCCAUACUGUGUAAAACCAGUUUAUUCUUAAACACCAUAAACACUGGGGGUAAAUGAAAAUAAAAGCUUAUUUUAUCUGCAGUUCUAUGACAAGUCACUUCAUACUGCACUGUUCAUUGUAGUUUUUAUUGAGGUUUUUUUGUUUUGUUUUGUUGCCUGUUUUUAUUGUUAUUUAACUUAAAUUAUUUAGUUCACUACUAGUUUUAGUUUUACUUUUUAAUAACAUGUUCAGGAUUCAAGACAAAGCAUGAAAAACCAAAAGGAAAUCAUAAGUUCUGCUGGACAAACCAUUGUUGCUGCCACAAGUUUUCCUUCAUGACCCAUUUAAAAAAAAAGCUUUUUUAAGGACAGAGAAAUAAAACACAAGUGAAUCAGAGGAACAUACAUUUUCCACCUGUGUUUCUCGUAUUGUAGCACCGUCAGGAAGAUGGCAAGACCAGUUUUACUCCACCAUGAAAUUUCUGAGAAUAGAGGUUUUCCUGUGGAAACACAGUCUCAGUAGCUGUGCAGUAAAAGGUUGCAUGGAUAACUUUCAAGGAGAGUAAUGGCUGUUUGUGCUGGACUUUGAGCUGUCUGACGGAUGGUCUUCCUGCUGCGGUGUCCCCCAGAAGAGCUUUAAGAGCUCACUUUAAAAGUAGUUUCCCUGCAUCUACAGUUUGACAAACACUGCCUCUCAGAGGUGGAGCAGCACUGCAGCGGAUGUGUAACAGCCGCUACACCUGUAAAUCUAAAGAAGCACAAAACUCACACACACAAGCAAUACACCACACAUUGAACUCAGGGCUACCUGACAUACACACACACACACACACACACACACACAAGUAUGCAAAUAGACACAACCGUCACACACAUGUACCCACAUUUGUAAAUAUUUCUGCAUCUUUCAUAGUGAAACGUGUAAUGACAAUAACAGCUGAGCACACUGAGACAGCAUGACAUACUCUGCUCUGUGGUCUGUAUAUUACACAUAUGAUUGUACUGUAUGUAGUGAGAGUCACACAAGUGGUUUGGCCUUGUUUGCAAUUUAGGAUUUGAGCCAUGACACAUUACACUCCCAUUUGCCCUAUUUAUUAUCUUGGUGCUUUUUAAUGGGCUGUCUGUAGCACUGUACAUAAUGGAUUUAGUUUUUCAUUUUUUAAUGUGCAGAAACAGAAGUUGUCUAUGAGCAUCACGAGCUUUGCUGUCACUAGAGGAAAGAGGGAGUCGUACAGUCAUCAAAAAACUUUUUGGCGCCAAAUGCAGGAGCUUUGCGUUGCCACACUAGGUGGUUAGAAGCUGCAAUAUGUUCAGUAGUUAGGAGGUCUGAGUGCAUUUGCUGCCAGGUAGCAUUUGCUUUUUAGAGUUUCUGUUUGGGAGCUUGGUUUCCCAAUGGUACCUCUUCAUCCUCUCUGCCAGGCUAAAGGUCCAAGAGAGAAGGCAGAUGAUGCAGACCAGCUUUUGGGAAACGAUUCUAGUUUGUUCUGCUGGGUGGGUUUUAUCCAGAGACCAAAGAUUCUGAAGUAUUUGUUGCACAAAUCUGGUCAUCCUGGCAGUCUCAGAGGUGAGAAACCACACAGAGCGAGAUCUGAUAUUGACCGUCUAGACAGUUAUAAAAUGUCAAGCAAAAAAGAACGCAUUCGGUUCUCCUGUGUGUAAAGUCAGGCUGUGAAUGAAAACUGUGUGUUGCCCCUUCUUGCAGAAUCAGUCUAAGUUUGUCUGUAAGCUGAGGAAACAGAGUUGUACAAAGAAAGAGUCCAUCCGUGAGUCCUUGUGAACUCUGAGAUCAGAGCAACAGAAAUAGAUCCAGGAUCACAUUUCGACUGCCGAUGCAAAGUGAACCAGACUAACUGCUGAACAGAUCAUUUUGACUGGGUGUGUGUGCAUGUGUGUGGGGUAGAAGCGUGUGUUUUGUGUGUUCUUUAAGGAAGCACAUAAGGGAAGGGAAACUAUUUCACACCCAUACACACACACACACACACACAAUAUUGCAGUCACAUCAAGCAUGCUGUUGCAUACUUCACGAUCCAAUGGUUGUUUAAGGCCAAUAUCCUCCUGAUAAACGAUCAAAUCAUUUCGGUUGGGAAUGUACACUGUUGUUAUAGUGACUGUAGAGUAGAAUGUAUUUACUCAUAGAAAGAGUAAACCUUUUUGUAGAGAAGCAUAUAUACAGAAUAUAUAUGACUACAUACAUAUAUACAUCUAUAUAUCUUUUGAAUUACUUGUGUGUGAGAGUUGUUUUGGGCGCAUCCACUCUGUUAGAGUCAUAUUUCUUUCCCCUUCUUCAACUUUUAUUUCAUGAUGUUUUCAAAAGUAGUGUCUUAAGAGUGAUGAGUGCUUUGUUUUCCUGUAAAUAUUUUUUUUUUUUUUAAUUUUUAAUAAAAGGGGAUUAAAAGAUAUUUUAUGAUGCUGCCCACAGUAUAAAAGUAUAAAGCGCUAUCUGUUCACAGCAUCUAUUUGAUCUGUUAAAUUAUCAGAGUAUAAUUAUGUGAAAUGUAACAAAGAUGGGGCGGGGGUCCUGUGGUAAAUAGAGGCCAAUGACAAUAAAUGAGGAGGGUC